AUGUUGCACUUCUUGUACUUCAUUUAUGUUGCAUCAGUUUUGGUUGAGGUUCAUAAUUCUUAAAACAGGUUAAGUUUCAGCUUUGACUCUGGAUUAGUGAGCUGGAGGUUUAUUGUAUUUCAGUGUUUUCAUCUCUUCCUGCCUACAUCUGGGGAUUUUUGCAGGUGAGAAUAUUGACUAAUAGUCUGUGGCUUAUGGAGGUUGAAUACUCUGUAGUCGCUGCACCUUUACUCAUACAGAAAACCGGUAUGGCACUGUACCAACAGCUCUGGUUGGACUGGUUGGAUUCACUCAGUGGCCACUGGUGGAAGACAUGUGACUCUGCAGGAUUAACAGCAUAAAUGUGCACACAAUGUGCUUCAUUGUUUUCUCUUGGAUUUUAUUAUUGAUCUUUAUAUUAAAGUAUCAUCUGUGGACAAUCAAUUAGAAAAUAUGGUAAAAUAAGUUAAUCAUUGUAUGCUAAUUGCUAAUGUUUAUAUAAUGCUGUUUAUAGCUUCGGUUGCAUUAUUUCGUCAGUAUGUGUUUGUGUAUUGUUGCUGACAACAAAGAGCAUUUCUUAAAGUCACCUGAGUUUUACACAGAGACGGACCAGUGAGAGGAGCUGUUUCUGUUAGCAGGGAGCUCAGCUGCCUGCUGGUCAUAUGGUGAACACAGCAGUCACCCGCAUGUCAUUAGCAGAGCUGCACCAGUAUGUAUGCUUCUUUCUAUCAUGCUGCUGGUGGUGUGUGUAUGUAUGAAGUGAGUUUAUGGCCUCUUUGUGUUCCUAAUGGACAGGAAUGUGUUAGACACGUUAGCUGUAGCUGCAUUUCCUCAGAGCUCAGUUGGACUCUUUUAUUCCUCUGCAGCUGUCUAAUGCUGACAUGGGCUGAAGAGGUAAUACUGACAGAGUGUUCCUGCACUUAAAUGGAAAUAAUAGUUGCCCUCAGGGACGUUAUGUUGUAAGGUAAAGAGCUAACAGUGUUAUAGAGAGAAAGCCAGUGAUCCAAGAAAGAAACUCGCCUUUUUCUACAUAAAAAAACCUCCAGGAGGGACGCCAUCUGUCCAGACUGGAUGGGCUGUGGGGGGAAAUCAAGACCACAGAAAGACAGCAAACCACAAUCAAGACAAAGCACAACAUACGGAAGAGAGUAGACAACGAUGUCAUCUCACACAAUAGUGGCUUCUAGUGUCGUAAAAACGGAGGACACCCUCUAAGGUUGUACGUAUCAGGACAUAAUAAAAAAAAUCUUGUCCAGACCAGGUUCUGAUUUAUUUAAAUACAAGCUCAAAUGGACAGCAAUGCAUGACCUAUUACACUGUGUCAUUGUUUAUUUAAGAAAAACGGAGUCAAAUCUAAGAACACCUUAACUGCUUAUAGCAUCAUUUUCUGUCUAAAUGUAUCAGUCUUUCCUAAAGUCCCUCCACAGCAUUUUAAUGAGGGUGAGGUCUGGACUUUGGCCCAGGGCAGCACCUUGAUUUUUUUUUCUUUUUUCCAGUUAUUCUGUUGCAGAUUUGCUGCUCUGCUUGGGAUCCCUGUCUGUUGAAUGACUCUGUUUUGACCAAGCUUUAGCUCUCAGACAGUUGACUUCACGUUUGACUCUUGAAUAAUUUUUUAUUGAAGAGUUUUUAGUUUUUAUUUGGGUCUGCAAAACAAGCCCCAAUCAUCUCCCCUCCACCCAUGUGCUGCGGGUGUGUAUGAGCUGUUUGUGCUGAGAUGCUGCGUUUGUUUUUUGCCAAAGGUGGUGCUGUGCGUUUUGGCGAAACAUCUGCAUUUUGGUCGAGUCCGUCCAAAGUGCAUCGUUCCACAAAUCAUAUUUCUUUUUUUAGACAGACGAUGCUUUCUCCUGGAAACAUUUCCAAUCAAGCCGUACUUGUUCAGUCUUUUUCUAGAAUAGAAUAGAACGCCUUUAUUGUCACUAUACGGUUGUACAAUGAGAUUCUAAUUGUACUGUCAUGAACUUUAACAUUAAACAAGCUAACUUACGCCUCUGGAAUCUGAGGUGUAGCUCUUGGGUGUCUUUGCAGUUUCUCUGACCUUGGGGGUGAAUUUGCUGGGGGUCCCCUCCCAGGAAAACUGGGAACUCUUUUGGAUGUUUUCCACUUGUGAAUGAUUUUUCUCACUGCAGAAUGAUGGAGUUUAAAUUGUUCAAAAACAUCCAUAUACCAUUUAGAGGUUAUAGAAGCAUAACUAAGGCUCACCUGAUCCAUCUUUAACUGUAAGAUCAAUAACGAACGUUUUAAGGCUAAUAUUAAAAGUCGGGAUGGUGUCUGUUUCCUGAGUCAAACCUGAUGGCUGAAUGUUUACAUCCCGUUGUACGUUUAAAAGCUUAUGUAUGGAAAAGGAUUUUAAAUGAAAUUAAAUAUUUCAUAGCAAGCCGAUGAAGAAAUGUAAGAGAAAUAUAAUCCGUGUUCUACUUGUGUCCAGUGUAUGUGUGAUGUAUGUAGGAUCGGCAUAAAGUGGCCUUAAGGUUCAAAGUAUUACAUUAAGCUAAUUAAGCUAAUACUUAAUGUAAAAAAAACAGUUGUGUAUAUUUCAUGACAGGGAUUGACGUCAUUUACAUUUACCCAGUAAAUAAAAUAAUAGUAAUAAGUAAGUAAUAAGUAAUAAAAUGUAAUUACACAUCAAACAAGCAACAAUCCAAGCAGAGUUAAUGAAUCAGCUUAAUGUUUUGGCACAUUAACGUAACACUCUUAUUUUAGAGUUUCCAUUAGCUUAACAACGUCUCUCUGUUUAUUCUGCCCGUCGUUAAUGAGUUUUUCACAUUCUGGUGCUGUUUUCUCCCCGAGUUUAAGAAGUGAAACAUACAUUUAAAGUUUCAUGGCUACAGCGGGUCAAAUCAAAGAUGGGCGAUUCCAGGUCGCACACGCGCCCGUCACCUGAAGCUCAUGUGGGUCAUGUGAUGAAUACAAGCUGCUCACGGUCAGACCUGACGCUGGCUCUCGAGGACUGUAUGGUCGCCCUGGAUCUGUUCCUCAGAAACGACUUUGAAGAGGCGCAGGCCCGGCUCAAAUGCAGAAACAAAGACAGCAUGUACCACGCUCUGACCUAUGCCACCAUUCUAGAAAUGCAGGCCAUGAUGACCUUCGACCCUCAACACAUCCUAGUUGCAGGGAACACCAUGAAGGAGGCACAGGCUAUCUGCCAGCGGCACCGCAAGAAGUCUUCCUUUUCAAAAACCUUCACAGAAGAGGAGCUCCAUGCUGAAGUUUGUUACGCCGAGUGUCUCCUCCAGAGGGCAGCGCUCACCUUCCUUCAGGAUGAAAACAUGAUCAGUUUUAUCAAAGGGGGAAUCAAAGUGAGGAACAGUUAUCAGACUUACAAAGAGCUUCACACGGUCCUGCAGUCCUCUGGAUACACUCACGGUGACAACCAUGGGCAUUUUGAGGGUGGCGUUAAACUGGGAGUAGGAGCUUUUAAUCUAAUGAUUUCCAUGUUGCCUACACGAACACUCAAGCUGCUGGAGUUUGUCGGUUUCUCUGGUAAUAAGGAGUUUGGUCUCCAGCAGCUUCAAGAGGGCUCGGUAGAAAGCACAUUCAGGUCCUUCCUGUGCAACAUGCUUCUCCUCUGUUAUCACACAUUCAUGAGCUUCAUACUAGGCACUGGAGAAGGAGACGUUGAGGAUGCAGAAAAACUGCUGGAGCCAUAUCUUAAAAAAUACCCCAAGGGAUCCAUCUUUUUGUUCUUUGCUGGUCGGAUAGAAGAGAUCAAAGGCAACCUGGAUGCUGCUAUCAUGCGUUUUGAGGAGUGCUGCGAGGCUCAGCAGCAGUGGAAGCAGUUCCAUCACAUGUGCUACUGGGAGCUGAUGUGGUGCUUCACAUACAAAAGGCACUGGAAGAUGGCCUACUUCUACGCUGACCUGCUCAGCAAGGAGAACUCAUGGUCCAAGGCUACCUAUGCAUAUAUGAAAGCAGCCUACCUCAGUAUGCUGACUAAGGAUGACUGCCUAACCUUUGGGGAGACAGCACUUACUCUGUUCAGGCAGGUCCCCGGGCUUAAGCAGAAAAUAGCAGGAAAGUCUUUACCAACGGAGAAGUUUGCUAUCAGGAAAGCCCGCCGCUACCUGGCAGAAAAUCCCGUACCUCUUCCUGCUCCUCCGCUGGAGAUGAUGUACAUCUGGAACGGUUAUACAGUCAUUGGCAAACACAAAGACUUAACUGAAGGCAUGCUGAAAACACUGGAUGAGGCACAGGCUCAACUUGAAAGUCUACCAAGAUCGGAGUUCUCCAUAGAUGAUCAGUGUUUGCUGAGCCUCUUGAAGGGACUGUGUCUCAAACACUUGGGUCACCACGAGGAGGCAGAGCACUACUUUACCCUCGUCCUCUGCAAUGAAACUCAGAUCAAGUAUGACCACUACCUGGUACCCAAUGCCCUGCUGGAACACGGUCUGCUGUGUCUGCAGCAAGGGCGAAAAGAUGACGCUAUCAAACUCCUAGAAACAGCAAAGCAAAAUUACAAAAACUACUCGAUGGAAUCACGGACACACUUUCGUAUACAGGCUGCUUUGCACAAGGCCAAAGGCAGCGGGGAGAACGGUAUCCAUGUGCCCUCCAGCCCAUAACAAACAGAAGACGGCACACUAAGGAGAGACCGCAUUUGUCUCCUACAGUCUCAUCAUGCCAACACACAGACCAGGACAGACCUGAUUAUUAGGGAAUAAUUUGUUAGUUUUCAUCAAGAGGCUAGGGGAAGAGGCUUUUUCUCAUGUGUGCCACCCUUACAGGCAACCGCAGCUCUGACUGGUUUCGGUGGAUUUGCCCUCUUCCAGAGAUAUAUCCCCAUGAACUUUACUUCCUUCUGAUUUAAAAUGGAGACUAAUUAUGAAAUGUGCCUAUAUUUAUAAAACAUUGCUUCUAGUGGGGUCGUCUGUCUAGCACUGUGGCCACCUGUAAGUGGCGCACUGGAGUACAAAACAAAAUCAGAUUUAUUUGGUGUAUAUUCUAAGUUGCCUCUGCUAAUACCCCUAGGGUAAAACAUUCCCGGUGCAGAGUACUGAGUCUGCAAAUUGAUGGAGGCAGGGUACCAAACAACCUUUAUAGAAAUGACUGACACUAGCUUCUCCAAGUCAUUUGAUCUGGCUGCUGCAGAGUUGUCCAUUUUUGUGUAAAAUAUAAAGGAGCGAUUAUUUAAAAAUAAAAAUGACACACAGUGAUGUUUUGUUAAGUCCCUGAGAACUAGGACAUUCCUUGUAAUUGGUUACUGAUCAGCAGUAUAAUCAAAAAUGAUAUGUUGUUUAAAUUUUUACACUACACUUUGGUUUAUUCUGUUUGUCAGAGAGAAUGAGCGUUUUAUUGUGCAUUUGCCUUUUUUCUCCUUUUUCUGAAACAUAUUACAUCAAUGGUAGGCACAAAUGUAUUUUGUGAGAUAGCUCUCUUCAAGUCUCCCUCUGAAGAGAUGAUCAAAUCUAAAAUCCUGUUUUUAUUUAUAGUUGCAUUUUAUGCCUUUUUGCACAGAGCUUUGGAAGUCAGCUAAAUAUGCAACCUCUCCAGAGCAAAAGAAAAAAAAUGCCUCUAAGACUUCCUCUAAGACAUUUAUAUACUGUAAAUGGCACCUUUUACACAAGUUGUCCCGUUUUAAGAGGACAGAUGAAUGUGUCUUUUAGAAAGGCAGACUCCCUUCUUUUCUCCUCCUGGUGUGUGGGACGGCCUCCAGCAGUACUUGAGCUCGAACAAAUGGGCCUUUCACGGUGAGCAGCGAAGUGCUGCGUGCUUGUCCGCCUGCUGCAUCUUUAGUAGGUGAAGGAGCUCAGAAGCAUUGCAACCACCACAGUCUUCCUGCUUCAGGAUCAUCUUGUGCUGCUCUUGUAUAUUACAUUGCUUGCCCAGAACCAUCUAUUGAAGCACUUGGACGUUGUAAUCACAUCCUGUAUAUAGUAAUCUGUUUAUGGAUAAAUAGGGGUCACCUCUAACAUGGUUGGUGGUUAGGUUAUUGGAAAGGGUGUAUACUUGCAAUAGUGAGUAUAAAAACAGAAAUAAACUUGAACUCACAUGUUGUCUCAAGUGUUGGAAUUAGAGCAGUAGAGCACUGUUGUUUUAUUCAUGAUUAGAGUUAGGUUUAGGAUUUAAGAUGGCUUGGAGUUCUUUUUUUCUAAUGGUGAAGGAAAUGCAUUUUUAUUGUUCUAACAGCAGCUGCUCUCCAGAAUAUUCCCAAAACCACUCAUGUCUUACUUUCAAAUAACAUUAUUUUCAUUUUUUGCCCUUUGGGUUUACAACUGCAGUCAAAUUCUAACUAAUGUAGUGGCAUUAUCUGCAUAUUUUACUGGGCAUGGCUACCAAAAUUACGGAAUGACAUUCCUGUACAUACUGAAUGUUUCCGUUGUAAUUCAAAAUGUUGAAAAGCAACUACAAAUCCAA